GCUCUGUUCUUCUUCUCGAUUCUUCCUCCCGACAAGCCCCCAAGCCACCGACUCUCUCCCCCUUGAAAACCCCGGUGAGAUCUUGAUGAAAUUCCUUCCUUUUCUGGUUCAAUCACAAGAUUUGGGGCUUAGAAUUCUCUCCCUCAACCCAGAAAAUCCCAGUUCUGCUCUGCUCUUCUCCCCUGUCCGUCGGCUGCCAUGUGGAUUUGAAUUUUUGGGCAUUUUUUGGGUAAGCCACAGCCAUGAAAAUCAUCUCUUUAGCUUUGAUUUGGUUUGGGUUACUCUAAUUUCUGUUUUGGUUCUUGAAUUUGGGUUAAUUCCGUGAGCUUCCCCUGCACUUGCCGCCGGCUUCUUCUCCCUGCCAGCUCCGGUUUGCUUGCUAGAAUUCUGGUUCCCGAUCUUUAGUACGUGAAUUGAGUGCUUGGUUUUGCGGAGUGAGUUUUCUGUUAAAUCCAUGCCACAUGGAAAUUUUCGGAUUUGUUCUGAAAUUCGAGAUUGAUUGUGAAAUUCGGGUUUUCCUGUAAACUUUGCAUGGUUUUGUCUCGGAUAUAGUCAUGAUUACUGAUUACUGUGCCCGCUAGUGGAAGGUUUAUAAACGCUAGCACAUGUCGACAUGUAUUUCUGUAAAACCGGUUCACCCUACCAAUGGGGUUAAACAUUGGUAAUUACUGUCGCCUGCCAGUGGGAGUUGUAAACACUGGCACCAUUACUGACGCCUGCCAGUGGGAGUUGUUAAACACUGGCACUUCUGUAACCUUGCCUAUGGGGUUAAACAUUGGCAACUACUAUGCCCGCCAGUGGGAGGUUUAUAAACGUUGGCCAUGACUUAUAGAUGAGACUACUGAACUGAGUUUUCUUCUGCAUUGACGGUUUGUCAUGAAACGUUUUGUUAUUGAACUGAAUCUGAUUUUGCAUUGACGAGUUGUCAUUGAAUGCUUUGCAAUUAAACUGAAUCUGAUUUUGUCACUGAGCGUUUUGGUUAUAUUACACUGUUUAUCUGGCGUGCUUAAAAGUUUUACCUAAGGGCUAUCCAUAUUUACUUACUGAGUUAUCUCAUAGUUUUACCUUGUCCAUCAUUUCAGGAAGCAAAACCGAAGACGGGGAAAUCAAGGGGAGUGACGAGUUAGAAGGCUAGCCAUUUUGAGAUUGACAUAGAUUUAGAAAUAAGUCAUGAUCCUGUAAGCUAGAGUGUAUUUGGAGAUUUUAUGAUAUCAGAGCAGAUUGUAAAAAUUUUAUCUUGAGAUUUUGUGGUAUCGGAUUGUGGUUUGAAUAAGUUCCGAGCCUUAUGCACUUGUGGGACCCGUCUCACGAGUGCACGGCGUCUGUCGCGUCCUUAGAUUUGGGUUCUAGGGCGUGACACUAGUUAUUUCAAAAAAUGAAGGGACUUGCUUGUAUAGUGUUGAAUAGUUCAAUUUAGUUGAAAAAAAUUGAGAAGAGUUGCAACAAGCAUGAUUCUGGGGAUUUUUGGGCAAUUAGAAUUCUAUUUUUGGUAACAAGAAUGACAAGUAAUAGAGGUUUGUUUUGAAAGGAAUAAUUUUAAAUUGUUAAGAUCUCCUUUGAUUUAGUCAAGUGUGUUUAGGUGAAAUCUACCAUGAAAAGGGAAGACACAAAGGGAUGAAAGAGAGGGUAAUGUUGGAAGAAGGAAUAAGGAAAGAGUCUGAUGAGAGACAUUUGUCAAAUCUUUAUCGAUGAAUUGUAUAUGCUGUAACUUUUUUUUU